AUGACUACACGAAACAAUGGUAUUCAUCGAUGUGGUGCUGGAUCUUUGGAAUCCCUCCAGGGAGAUACAGUGCCGGGCUCUGAGCCUCGACAGAGUCCACCCAAAGCUACUGGGGGUCACUCCUUCCAUCAUGCCAAGAGGAGACCAAAGGGCUACAACAAGCCAAGGAGGAGGAAAGUCCAACAGCAACACUUCAAAGUGAUGCAUUGGAACGCAGAAGGAGUCUUCAACAAAAAGACUGAACUUCAGCACUUCCUUCAUGAGAAUGACAUCAAUGUCUGUUGCAUUCAGGAAACACACCUGCAACCAGCUAAAUCCUUUAAUAUCAGAGGAUACCAGUGCUUCCGAAGCGACAGGGUUGGCAGAAAGAAAGGAGGCAUCAUGACAUUAGUCAGGAACAACAUCAAUGCUAUCCAGACUAAAAUGCAUAUGGAUGACUCGGAAUUCCAAGUGCUGAGCCUCAGAUUGAACGACUUUCAAAUGAUUCUUGUGAAUAUGUACUCUCCAAAUGACAAAGCUCUUUCCCUAGACAGUAUCCCAAUGGAAGCAACAAACCUCAUGGUUGUUGGAGACUUCAACAGUCACUCACAAAGCUGGGGAUAUGACCACAUGGACAACCGAGGAGAGGAAGUGGAGACCUGGCAGGAUGACAACAGGCUGAACCUCAUCAAUCAGCCGGAGGAUCCCCCAACUUUUUACUCGAGAAAAUUGCACUCGACAUCAACGCCUGACCUUGCCUUCUGUACUGACGACAUACACGGACAUGUCCAGAGGAAAGUCACUGAUCAACUUGGAGGCAGUGAUCACCGUCCAGUCCUCAUCAUACUGGACCGCUCUGUCUCUAUGUCAUCUAGCCUACCCAGAUGGAACUACAAAAAGGCUGAUUGGCCCCUUUUCCAGUCUGUGAGUGAUGAACUCUGCAAAGACAUCAGAGUUGAAGGCAGAGACAUUAACAACAUAGUCAGGGACUUCAACCAAUGCAUCCUCAAGUCAGCACAGCAGUCCAUCCCUAGAGGUUCGAGGAAAGACUACAAGCCCUACUGGAGUGAGCAGUUAGAGGAGCUGCAAACCAAGGUGUCCGAAGCCAGAGUUGAAGCCGAAAACAAUCCCUCACAGGAGGCAAACCACAACUUACAGCAUGCCAAGGCCAAAUUCCUAAGGCACAAGCUAGAGGCCCAAAGAAAGAGCUGGAGACACAAGACAGCUUCAUUGAACCUCGAGAGAGAUGGCCGAAAGUUGUGGAGGUUGACAAAACAGCUGAACGACGACCAAGACAAAGCGAGAGGCUCAGUUACCUUGGAAGAGGAGGGAGAGCUGUUGGUGGGCAAACAAGCAGCAAACGUCUUUGCCCAAAACUACAAAGAUGUCAGCGACAUCCCCAUCAACAGUGAACGACUAAGGAAGCAAGAAGAGAACAAAGGGACAGGAAAACACCUAAGGUUACGUCAGAGUGCAUGGACUCGCGCCUGA